UUGAGUACGCUGUUGUGUGCGACGAAGGAAAUGGAUGUGAGGUGGUGGAGUGAGGUGGCUUGGUGGUGGUGGUACGCAUAUAGUGUUGAAGAAGGACAGUGGAGGGUGGGGGAGGGUGGAGGAUGAUGGUGGGUGGCAGGAUGUGAACGGUGGUGAUGGCAGGAUGUGAAUUGUGGUGGAGUGAGGUGGCUGGCUGGCUGUGGUGGUUUAGAGAAAAAGGAGGAGUGAUAAAACGCUAGCAGCUAGCGUUUUAUUUUGUCUAUAGGAGGACUAAACUGCAAAGGAAAUUGUGGGAAGGAGUUUCCUUAAAGUUGGGUUUGAAAAAAAAAGAAAAAGCAUGAAAUGACAGAAACUCUGGCAUAAAGUGACGGCUGAGGACAAAAAAAAAAACUAACGUGUGUAUUUGUGUGAAAGAAACAGGAGGAGAGAGAAUUAUCAGUACUCUUGACUGAAAGAAAAAACGAAGAGAGAGAAAGCUUUGGAGAAGGAAAAAAAAAUCGUCGGAGAAGACAAAGAAGAAACCUGCGCCGAUAAUUGUAAUCAAGGAGUAUUGCAGAAAUGUCGAAGAAGCAAAAGGUAAAAAUUGUUGUAAUUAGGAGUUAUGAGUGCUUUUAAUUUAUAAUGUGAUUAUUGUAAGUUUGUAGCUGAUAUAGCUAUUUAAUAAUUUCAAAUGGAGGUGUCUGAAUUCGAUGAUGUGCAUGUAAGUGAUGACAAUGAAGAAUCUAGUACCGAGGAUCUUCAUUCAGAUGGGGAAAGAGAGGUAGGGAAGAAAUCUGGAAGAGCGUAUAAAGAAAUAGAAGCACGAGUGUAUCGGGAGAAUGAUCUAAGCAAAGGUGGUUGCUUGAAGGCAGAAGGCAAAGUAAUUGCUACACAACGUGCCAGGAAUAAUAAAAGAGAGAGUAAUAUGAAUUGUAGAGUAGAGACAUUUGGGAAGGUUGUGAAGGGAUUUGAUGAGAGGAAGCGAAAGCUAGUGAUGGAGAUGGGCUUUGGAGGUCUUUUGUUUUUCGCUGGUAAAAGUUUGCCUAAGACCUUUUGUUAUUGGCUGUGUACAAGGGUUGAUGUUAAGAAUAGGGUGUUGUUGAUGCCCGAUUGGGCUUGAAUUCCCUCUUAGUAAGACACGGGUUCAUUGGGUUAUGGGUAUUCCGGCGGGGCCGAAGACUGUACCAUUCUACGGUGAUGAUGAUGUGUGUUCUGAUGAGGUAAAGAGGUUUUUUGAUGUAUAUGGGUAUACUAGUCGUUCUGGUGUUAGGGGAAUUAAAGCUAGUGUAAUUAAACAAAUUGUUGAAGGUGAAAUAUCUUCAUAUGCUGAAUUUAAGAAGGCUUUUUUGAUGAUGGCCUGAAAUGAUCUGAUAUGCCCUACGACAUGUCAGAGAUUGGCUGUGAGUAUGUUGUAUGCUGCAUUUGUAGCAGAGAGAGCUCAUGAGUAUGAUUGGUGUAGUUUGUUACUGGAUCAUCUCAUGAAUGCGAUAGGUGGAUUUUCAAAAAGAUUCUACCUUGAUGGAUUUGCUAAGGGGUGUGGUGGGUGCGCUAUGUUCUUAGCGAUUCUAUAUCUUGAUCGGUUGCGCCGACCACCAUUGAUGUGGGGCGCUUUUCCAAGGAUACAGGCCUGGAGUACCGUAGAUGUGAACAAGGUGAAGAAGGAAGAUUUGUUGGCCACUGGUGAUUAUGGCAAGCUUGGGGGUAUUGAUGCCGCUUAUGGGGGAAGACAUCCUCUGGAGGCUCAGGAUGUCAUGCCAACAGUAGAAGAUAUUGAGGAAAUGAGUCGUUGUAGUGCUGGCAUUAGCACGAAGAGUACGAAGAGUAAAAGAAGGAGAAUGAAGAAGAAAUCUCCAAUGCACGAAGAUCCAGUGCAUGAAGAUCCAGUGCAUGAAGAUCCAGUGCAUGAAGGUCCAGUGCAUGGUCCAGUGCAUGAAGGUGUAGUGCAUGAAGAAGUUGCUGAGCAGCGGCCGGAGUUGGAAAACGAGACGGACCCAAUGAUGGCUUAGGAGAAUAUGGAGAAUAUGUCGAAGGAACGGGAGCGGCUGCUAUGUGAAGACGUUAUGUCAACGGAGAACGAAGCAAGAAGUAGUGUUAUUGAUCUAUUAAGUACAUUGUGACUUGGUGUUUGAAAUUUAAUUGUAAAUGGCCAUUGUAAUUAACAACAUUGGGCCAAUGGGCCCUUUAAUAGUAUGGGACCUUUGUUAGUUGGUAUUCAUAUUACUAUUACUAAUUUAUAACGAGGGAGAACUGGGCUACUAAGGAGUUGGUCAUUGUAAUUAGUAACAUUGCAAUUAUAAAUUGGGGAAUUAGUA